AUGGUUGUUAUAGAGAAUGCACAUGAGGACAUUAUUCAUGAUUCUGUUUUAGAUUAUUAUGGGAAAAGAUUGGCUUCCUGUUCUUCUGAUAAAACUGUCAAGAUCUUCGCUUUGGACGGUGAAUCUUUCAAACUUUUAGAUACUUUAAGGGGCCAUGAAGCUCCAGUUUGGCGUGUUAGCUGGGCACAUUCAAAAUUUGGUGAAAUAUUGGCAUCUUGUUCCUUUGAUGGUAAAAUUAUAAUAUGGGAAGAAGUUAGAGGUAAGUGGACAAUGAUUGAUUCACUAUCUGUACAUUCUGGAUCAGUUAAUUCAAUUGAAUGGUCCCCACAUGAAUUCGGUGCUAUUAUAUUGGCAACUUCUUCUGACGGUACUGUUUCCGUUACAGAAUUGAAAGAUCGUAAAUUAGGCAAGCCAAUUAUUAUAAAUGCUCAUACAUUGGGUGUCACUUCCGCUUCUUGGUCUCCUUUUGUAGCUGUAGAAGAAGAUGGGACCACGAAACACCAGCAACGAAUUGUCACCGGUGGUAUUGAUAAACUAGUGAAGAUAUGGAAAUAUGAUGAUGAGAACAAGAAAUAUAUAUUGGAACAUACUCUAGAAGAACAUACUGGGCCAAUUAAAGACGUUUCAUGGUCACCGACUUUACUAAGAAAAAGUUACAUUGCUAGUACAUCAGAAGAUAAGAAUUGCAUCGUUUGGACAAAGUCUGAUACCGAAGAUACAUGGGAGAAGAAUGUUAUUGAGAAUAAAAGCUUUGAUCAUGGAAUCUCUAGAGUCAAUUGGUCAUUAUCUGGUAAUAUUUUGGCAGUAUCUACUGAUGAUUAUCAAGUAACUUUAUUAAAAGAAAAUAAUAAGGGCAACUGGGAAAUUGCUGGUAAUCUAGAGAAGUAA